AUGUCUUCACCGUCUGACAUCAAAGAGAACGGUGACUGGACGGUCAUUUACGAUGACCAGAAUGAGGCUGACCAAAACGGCAAGACCGAAGAGAAGCCUUCCAUAAGGAGGCAGCCUCUCGCGCGAACUUUAUCUAUACCAAAGACCAUGUGUACCAUGUCUGACAACAAGACUGAGAUAUCAACAGUAGCCGAGCUGCUAUCCCCCAAGUUGAAACUGCCUCAGCUGGGGACUGACUCGGCGGAAAGAGUCUUUCCUGUUCGCUCAGUCGUCUCGUUUGAUUCCACGCCUUCAUCUGCCCUGCAAACACCUUCUCUGGAUAAGCUCGAAAUACCGUUAUCUCCAUUUUCAGACACAUGGAGCGCAGGCUUCACCAAUGAACAAGCCGCCUCUCAACAGAAUAAUCCAACCGGGAAGAGCAUGGAUGCUGAGGACGAUGCCCCGAAGAGACCCGAUUCUCUGGUUCAACUGCAUCAAAAGAGUGGUGGCAGGAGCGAGAUUUUACCAGUGCUGAAAGGACAAUCUUACACCAGCCAUAAUCUCGACCAUUUGGAACAAUUGAGAAACACUGUGCAAAACGGUGGCGAAAUCCUUGACUUCCACAAGACAACAAAGGGAAUAUACUACUCGCAUGAAGAUGAAGAGGACAUUUUCAUUCAGUCAUUCGGUACACUCGUUGUGAUGACAGAAUCAGACGGUAACUUCGAAGUGCAGGUAGCAAGCGAGAACUCCAAGGCAAUGAUUGGGCAUUCUCCUAAUAACCUCUUCGAACUUCGAACGUUUUGUGAUAUAUUGCCAUCCUCGCAACAGAGGAACUUCCACACUCAUGCUCAAUUUGUUUUGAGCGAUAACUACUCAAUCGAGAACUCUGGCCCGGAAGUUUUCUUUCUUUCUGUCUUAUCAUCUGACGGAUAUACCCAUGGUAAUUGGUGUACCAUGCAUACAAGCACAGUAUAUAAGGACUAUGUGAUCUGCGAAUUCCAGCCUGAGGCCCAGGAAAUAAAAGAUCGCUCCGACUUGGAGAAUCCCGAGAGUCGAAUGACAGCAUAUUAUAGCCAGAACUUGGAUAUAUCUUCCGGGGCGUUUCUCGAGGAUGUCCGUCCCCCGGGUGAAAGUUUUGAUGCCGGAAUCAGCAAAGUUCCAGACUCAUCGGAUAGCCGGGACUUGGACAUGACUUCUGGAGCAUUUUCCGAGGACGUCCAUCCUCCGGGGAAAGAUCAUGAUGUUACAAACAGCAAAGUGCCGGACUCAUCGGAUCUUCUCAAUAAUGUUCCUCGAAUUCUCCAGCGUCUGGCAAAUUCUCAAACAUUGGAAGCACUCGUUCAACAUGCCAUUGCCACUUUGCAAAGUCUCAUUCAAUUCGACAGAACGACCAUGUAUCAUUUCGAUGGUGAUCGCAACGGAAUCGUGGUCGCCGAUGCGGUUGAUACUUCGUCGGGGUUAACGUCAUGCGAAGGCGUGCAUUUUCCGGAAUCAACCUUCCCCGAAGGACUGAAAAAGCUAUACACACGCAAUACUGUAUGUGCCGCUUUUUCUGGAAGCCAGGGCACUUCAAAGAUUGUGUAUCGGGCUUCCACCAACAAAAGGCCCCUUGACAUCUCAAACACCUAUCUCUCUGCAGCACCUGCGCUUCCAACACCGCAGCACACCGACAAUCCCGUCAAGGCUUGUUUGUCAAUCCAAGUCAACGUUUUUGGCAAACUCUGGGGUCUCAUAUCCUGUCAGUCUUACGACAGUAACCAAAGGCUCCAUCCGCUCAUCCAGAAAGUUUGCUGGUUUGUGGCCGAGGCGGUUUCAAGCAACAUUGAGCGUCUGUCCUACACUUUGCCCUUCCAAUUUCGAGAGCCGGGCAUCUCCCUGAAUAAAACAAGCACACCUCAGGCUAUCAAGACUCCACCUGGUGAUCUUCUCAGUCUGUUCGGGGCAGAUUACGCUGCAGCUUCGAUUAUGGGCGAGGCCAAGAUCUUGGGGAAACCAAUCGACUCACAGGAAGUUCUGGCAUUAUUUGAAUACAUGAAAACGAAAGAAAACCACUCUAUAUUUUGGUCUGGAAAUAUCGCUACCGAUUUCCAGGAUAUCAACUACCCGCGCGGCUUUCAUCAUCUUUCCAGUUUACUCUACGUUCCUCUUUCGGUGGACGGUCGUGAUUUUGUUAUCUUCUUCCGGGCUGAUUUAGAAAUCGGUAGCCUUGCUUCUGAUUCAGGGCGAUCGAGUCGGCCACAUGAGUGGUCGUCAGCCGAGUUUGGAAAGGCAUCUGUUCUGUCUUUACUAUAUCGCACUUUCACCGAUAUAUGGCAAGAGAAGGAGGCUACACUGCAGAACAACCAGUUGAUGAGGCUUCUGCUUGCUAAUUCUGCGCAUGAAUUCAGAACUCCUCUCAACGCCAUCAUCAACUACCUAGAAAUCGUUCUUGAUGGCUCUCUGGAUCAAGCAACACGAGAUCACAUUUCCAGGUCUCACUCGGCUUCUAAGUCGUUGGUUUACAUCAUCAAUGACCUCCUAGACCUCACAAAUGCCGAAAGCGGACAACGGUUGAUAAAGGACGAGGCAUUCGAUCUAUCAGAGACCCUCACAGAAGCAACAGACAUAUUCUGGGAAGAAGCAAGACAAAAGCAUGUCGAUCUGCAAGUAGUCCAACAUGCAGCCCUACCUCCCGUCCUUGGUGAUCAACGACGGGUACGCCAGGUGAUCACAAACUUGAUUAGCAAUGCUAUACAGCACACAUCCACUGGGGCGGUAACAAUCGAGUCUUGUGUCGUACCGGAGCUGCUGGUGCCAGAUUAUAUUUGUGUUGAAGUCGCAAUACACGAUACCGGGUCUGGCAUGUCCCAAGAGACCGUCGAAACAUUGUUCUCCGAUCUGGAACAAGUUUCCAACAAGGGAUACAUGCAGAAUCCUAAGUCAUACGAACGCACUUCAAGUGGCCAUGUGUUAGAGACUGAAAGUGUGCUUGGUCUGGGCCUCGCGCUAGUCGCCCGAAUAGUUCGCACUAUGAACGGGCAGCUAAGCUUGAAGUCUGAAGAAGGCAAGGGAAGUUGCUUCAAGAUCAGGCUUGCAUUUCCUCUUCCGGAUGAAGAUAAUAGUCAAAAGCAGAACUUAUGCACUACGUCAAAUGAACCUCUGCAGGAAGAUGAAAGAAAACAAGAAACAAAGCAAGACACCAUAUCCUCAAGUUGCAUAGCAAGCCAGAAAGAAGAUGGUACUCCAUGUGAAUGUGGUCAAACUGCUGAAUUCGAAUCAGCUGAAUCCAUCGUCAACGUCGAUGUAAGCUUGAAAACCAGCGAAUCAAGAAACCUCUCUCUUUCAGGCCAAAAGCUAGAACAGAACAAUCAGCCAAAUAAACCUACCACUUCCCCUCCAAAGAAAGAUCCCAAUAAACCAUCAGAAGCAUCCAAAUAUCUCACCAAAGAAACCUUGUCGAUCUCACCAACCACAAAAUCCCCAACCACCCAACCAAGUACCUCUCCCACAAUGAACUGGAACCUCCAUGUCCUCGUCGCAGAAGACGACCCAACCAACAGCACGAUCGUUCAAAAGCGCCUCGAGAAAUUUGGGCAUACGGUACACCUGACAAGCAACGGAAAAGAAUGCGCAUAUGCGUACAAAGCGAAUCCCACAGGCUUCGACGCUGUGCUGAUGGAUCUACAAAUGCCAAUCGUCGAUGGCCUCGGCGCAACACAGAUGAUACGCGAAUACGAGCAGCAAGAGCUAGCUAAUGAGACCACGCCUGCGCCUCGAAUUCCCAUUUUCGCUGUCUCGGCUUCCUUGAUCGAGGAGAAUCGGAAGAUGUACAUGGAGUCGGGCUUUGACGGGUGGGUUUUGAAACCGAUUGAUUUCCACAGGGUUGAUCGGUUGCUUGGUGGUGUUAGGCUUCAAUGGGUGCGGGAGGAGGUUGUUUAUCGGCCUGGUGUGUGGGAGGCUGGGGGUUGGUUUGAGGCAUAG